UAUUGUGGAGUUUCUUCCGUCAGGAUUAUAGUGUAGGUAGGUAUGUAGUCUUUGGUUAUGCAUUAAAUUUCCGUGCGAAAUUUCAAUUCAUAUCAUAACAUUAGAGGGUAGCUACUUAUUUAAAAUUUCAAUGAAAAUCCAGUUUGAUGGGCAUAGAUAAUACCUACAUUUAAUAGAAGAUUUAUGGGUAGUUUUUAAAAGUAACGAUACGCGACUACUGUCGUCAAUUCAACUCUGUAACCAUAAUGGACGGUGCAAUCAAUAAUGAUGAUCAAGAUCAAAUUGUGGAGCAACUUCUUAGUGAAUACGACGAAAUAAUUAUGCCUCUGCCGGCGUAUGCGUCUGAACCUCACCUUCUAAUUUCUCGGGUAUAAUUACUUUCAAUAAUAAAUUUAUAAAAAAUUAGAUUCACUACAAAUCUAUGGCAAUUUUAUCUGUUGAGUAACUUAAUUACUAAGGUAAAAUGAAUGCAUCGAAACACCGGAACAAAAAUAAGAUAAAACAAUGUUUAAAACGAAAUUACAUUAAAUCGUCUCCCGAAAACCUUAAUUUUUAUGAACUCCCAAAGCCAGUAUUAGAGAUAAAAAAUUGGCAUGCUUGCAUCCCAGUUGCUGGUCCGCAAAUCUUAUAUGGAUUAUAUGGUGCAACUCUUAAAAGUUAACUAUGAAACAAGCCACCGAAUUCAACACCAAAAACUCCAUUUUCCCAGUGCUAUUUGGAGAUGUGCUAAAAACAUAGAAAUGAAAGCAGCACAAAAAUGUAUGAUUGUACAAAUUUAUAGAAAAUAUAUUGGAUCUGUGGUUCAGGAAUUAAAAAAAGAUACAAAGAAUAAAAAGAUUAAUAAAAAAUUAUAUGAAUACCUAAAUAAGCAUCCAGAAAAUGAUAAAAAAGUUCAAACAACAUUUAUCAAUCAAAAUGCUUGUACUUGUCCAUGUGUUUGUAUGAAACUUAAGAGAAGACGUAAAAAUGAUACUCAAAGUACACCUGAGAGUAACAAGCGACAUAUAACACCAUUGAAUGAUCAAUAUAAAAUACCGGUUGUCAUUAAUAUGCAUCCAGAGGCUCAAAAUCCAGUAAUUACCAAAGAUAUUCAUGCUAUGGAAACAAUACCACAAUCUGACAUUAUAUCUAAACCGGACAGUAUUUCACCAAAACUUAAUAUGCCAAAGCCAGUUGAUGAUCUUGACACACAUGAUGAGUUAAUGAUGCAACUGGAAAAACUGUUUCAUGGGAAUAAAAAUGAUGAAGAUUUAUUCGAAACAACUCUCUGCAACAUGCCUACUGAUGGUAACUUAUUUGAAGAUUACACAGUAAAUAAUGAUGCUAGCAAUGUAAAUACAUCAGUUAUUGAAAAUCAUGCAAAACAAAUAAAGUCACUAGAUGAAAAGCUGGCAUCAUUAGCAGACAUGCUUGUUAAUAACACCAAAGAUAAUUCUGCACGUGAAGACCAAAAACUGCAACAACCAAAAGCACAAACACUACAACAUAAGAAGCAAAAUCCAAGCAAGUGGUUAUGUGAAGAAUAUUUUUUAAAAGUGAAAUUAUUUGAAAUACUUGAUCUUAUUGGAGAUUCAAAUAGAAAAAAAUUAGCAAGGAUCAAAGAAUUGUUUGCUGAUUUAUUUGGACCAGACAGUGAUGAUGAAAGCAUACUAUCGCCAUUAGAAGAAACCCCUGAGUUUGUUCUGAGUUGUAAAGAAAGAAUUGCUCCCUGGGUUGUUAAAAUACUUACUCCUGUAUACACAAAAGGUCAUAUUAAAGGGAAAGCACUGUUCAAAGCAUUAGCGAAACAUCUAAUUAAUUUGAUUUAUCAGUGCAGCCACUAUCCAGAGGAGUAUGAAGUGAAAAGUUUUGUUUGUGACUUCUUGAAAAGUCACAGAGUGAUAAGAUGUGAGGCAGAUUUCCACCAAUUUAGAAUAGAGAAUCUUUAAAUAGAUACUAUGAUGCUUUAAAUAUUAUGUUCUGUGGUAUACAUAUUAAAACCAUAAUUCUCAGCCAUGUCAGUAAAUAUUCCAUAAUAAAUUCAGUUGUAAAAAGUAGAAUAAUGUUUAAAUCUGUAACAUUAUUUUUAAAGUAGAAGUUUAUUAAUUUAAACAUAAUAUUCCAGUUCAGUUCCAGUUAGUAUUUUAAAGUUAAUAAAAAAAGUUUUUCGUAGCCUCCAUAAUAAUUGUCAAAAAAAUAAAAGAUUCAAAUUA